AUGGCUGCAGAGAUGACACCCGAGACAGCAGAGGAACGAGAGGCACUGCAGGAAAGUGUCAUGUGCUGGGCAAGGCUUACUAGCAUGAGUUCAGCUCUUUGUGGCUCAGGAGAUGAAAAUCUGGCAAAUGCCAGCUCUCCCUCCCCUGUGUCACCUCCACCUGCACGCUCCACAUCACUCUCACCUGCAGGCACCGCUGAAGUCAACAGCGACUACAUCUGCCUCUGCAGCAUUAAUGAAACUGCUGUACCUCUCACCACAGGUGUCUCUCCUGCAGACAGCACAUACCUCUCCACGCACACAGGCUCCGUCCCUGCCACGGGACUCAGCAAUCUACCACGCAGCAGCACUGCUGCCCUCACCACACACACUCCCAUUGCCUUCAAGAAUGCUUCAUCAGAUGAUUACAAUUCAACAUCCUUGCACAGCACCAUCUCACCAGUCAGCAUGCCAGCAAACACUGGGAUCAUCCCCACUCACACGAUAGAGGAUCAUAUUAGGCACAAUAUAACAAGUGGAACAGAUGAGAAUAACAUGGUUUCAGUUACACUGACAAAUCUCAGAAAAAACAGAUACUAUUUUAUUUUGGAGACUAACCAGACCUUCAGUGGGAGUUCCAGCACCUAUGAAACAAGACUUCAGAGAUGCAUGAGAUACACAGUUAGAGUUGAUAAUUGCAUAGAGACUUUUGUUAUUCUGCCUGUCGGAAGCAAGAAUCCUUUUGAAGUCAAGAAUGAAACUGCAACAUCUGCAAAGCUAUGUUGGGAAAAUUCAUUUUCCUGUGCUAAUGUGACUGUUAACUGCAAAGAUUCACUAGGCUUUACAGUAUCAAAUCGAACUUGUAAAGACCUGAACAAUUUAUCACCCAACCAUAACUACAGCUGCAGUGGUACCAUACAUUUUUUUGAAGAGCAUGUUGUCGACCAAACCUUCACCAUAAGAACAGAUUAUGGGGCUCCAGAAACACCAGAAAACCUUACAGUAGUGUCUCAUGCCAGAAAUGUAUCAGUUAGUUGGAAUGAACCUAGCGAUAUUUCAAAGGGUCCUAUACAUGGCUAUAACGUGACGUGCAAUGGCACAUGGGGAGAACUUGUCAACGUGACUAACUUUACUUGCCUUGGAUUAGAACCUUAUGCCUCAGGUGUUGUAUCUGUGACUCCAUAUACGAUCAGCAAAUAUACAGGUGCAAAAUAUAUGGGAAAAAACCAAACAGGUACCUUUAAAACAAAAGCAGGAGAACCAGAGCAAGUGACUGGUGUUAAUGCAAUAUUGACAGCUGAUAAUGCUGUCCAAAUUAAGUGCAACAGUCGACAAGUGUACGGACCAAAAAAGAUAUUUGAAUUGACUUGGGAAAAUGAUGAACCAAAAGCGUCCAAUUAUUGUGAUUUUAAAAAAGAAAAUCUCUUGUACUUGACAAACUAUACGUUUACGAUCUUAGUGUGUAAUGGAGAACAUAAAGCGCAGCCAGUAAAGGGGAGUAUAAGAACCAGAUAUAAUUCUAGAGCCCUGAUUAUAUUCUUGGCAUUCUUGAUCAUUGUGACAUCAAUUGCUUUACUACUGGUUUUGUACAAAAUCUAUGAUCUUCACCAAAAAAAGCUUAGCAAUUCUUCUGAAGGCGUGAACCUUGUUGCAGUUAAAGAUGAUGACAGGCAACUUCUGAACAUAGAGCCAAUACCUUCGGAGCAAUUGCUGGAUAUGUACAAGAGGAAGAUUGCUGAUGAAGGAAGACUUUUCUUGGAUGAAUUUCAGAGUAUUCCUAGAGUUUUCACUAAAUUUUCCAUAAAGGAGGCCAAAAAAAGCCAUAAUCAGAACAAAAACCGUUACAUUGAUAUCCUUCCAUAUGAUCAUAACCGUGUGGAGCUCUCAGAGAUGGCAGGAGACCCAGGAUCAGACUAUAUCAAUGCAAGUUAUAUUGAUGGCUUCAAAGAACCAAGAAAAUACAUUGCUGCACAAGGCCCCAAGGAUGAAACCACGGAUGAUUUUUGGAGAAUGAUCUGGGAACAGAAGGCAACAAUUAUUGUCAUGGUGACUCGCUGUGAGGAAGGAAAGAGGAACAAAUGUGCCCAGUACUGGCCGUCAAUGGAGAAUGGCUCUGCAACAUAUGGCGACAUCACUGUGAAGAUCAAUGAAAGUAAAACGUGUCCAGACUAUGUAAUUCAGAAACUAAACAUCACAAACGGAAGAGAAAGGACAGCUGGAAGAGAUGUCACUCAUAUUCAGUUCACAAGCUGGCCAGACCAUGGAGUCCCUGAGGAUCCGCAUCUCCUUCUCAAACUCCGACGCAGAGUUAAUGCUCUCAGCAACUUUUUUAGCGGCCCAAUAGUGGUUCAUUGCAGUGCCGGUGUUGGGCGUACCGGGACAUAUAUAGGAAUUGAUGCCAUGCUGGAGGGGCUGGAUGCAGAAGGCAGAGUGGAUGUUUAUGGCUAUGUUGUGAAGCUGCGUAGACAGCGGUGCCUCAUGGUUCAAGUAGAGUCACAGUACAUCCUCAUCCAUCAAGCGCUAGUGGAAUACAAUCAGUAUGGAGAAACAGAGGUCAGUCUCUCAGAACUGCAUUCCUAUCUUAACAAUCUGAAAAGAAAAGAUCCUCCAAGUGAUCCUUCUCUGCUGGAGGCAGAGUUUCAGAGAUUACCUUCCUAUAAGGGGUGGCGGACACAGAACACUGGGAAUCGUGAUGAAAAUAAAAGGAAAAAUAGGAAUGCCAACAUAAUUCCAUAUGACUUUAACCGAGUGCCCAUCAGGCACGAAGAUGAAUGCAAUAAAGAAUGUGAACAUGAUUCAGAUGAUUCCUCAGAUGAGGACAGCGACUGUGAGGAAUCAAGCAAAUACAUAAAUGCUUCCUUCAUAACUGGUUACUGGGGUCCGAAAGCCAUGAUUGCAACACAGGGACCACUGCAGGAAACUAUUUCUGACUUCUGGCAAAUGGUCUUCCAAAGAAAAGUCAAAGUCAUUGUUAUGCUGACAGAGCUGAAAGAAGGAGAUCAGGAACUCUGUGCACAGUACUGGGGAGAAGGAAAACAAGUGUAUGAUGGCAUAGAGGUUCAAAUGACAGAUGUCAACUGUUGUCCUAGCUAUACCAUACGUGCAUUUGAUGUUACACAUCUGAAGACAAAAGAAACACAGAAGGUGUAUCAGUAUCAGUAUCACAAGUGGAGUGGCUUGGAUGUUCCAGAAAACCCCAAAGAUUUAGUCAGCAUGAUUCUCAACCUUAAACAAAAAGUCCCAGCCAGACCAGUCACUGAAGACAAUAGGAGUACCCGCAGCGUCCCGCUCGUCAUCCACUGCUGUGAUGGAUCACAGCAGACUGGUGUAUUUUGUGCUUUAAUGACCCUCUUGGAAAGUGCAGAAGUAGAAGAAGUAAUAGAUGUUUUCCAAGUAGUGAAAGCUCUUCGUCGCACCAGGCUCGGAGUGGUCUCCACCUUUGAACAGUACCAAUUUCUGUAUGACACCAUUGCCAGUACCUACCCUGCACAGAAUGGACAAAUAAAGAAGAACAGCCAGCAGGAAGAUAAAGUUGAAUUUUGCAGUGAAGUAGAAAAAACAGAUCAGGAAACUGAUUUGAUCACUAUUGAUCUUACCCCAUCAAUGCCAGAGGAAAGUGAGCCUUCUGAAGUAUGUGAUGAUUCUAAGGCUGCAGAUAGCACUAAGGGAACAGAAAGCUCAACAAAUGGCCCCACAACUCCAGUUCUAACUUAGAGGCUAUACUAAAAAAAUAACUGCUUUUUCAUGUGCAAAAAAUCUUAAACAAAAUAAGUGUAAGAUGUCCUCCUCUUCCCACCUUUUCUUUUUUGAAAACAUUUACUGUUAUAUCAGUUCUUCAAAGGUACAAAUACGAAGGAAUACUUGAAACUUGUAGAGAGUGACAAAGAACUGUGAAAGUUUAAUUUUUUUGUAGAUUUACAUUUAAAACUUCUUCAGAAAGCUUUUCACUAUUUUUAUACUUUUUCUUUUAAAAAUAUGU